GUGUUGCGCUUUCACGGGCGGGAAGAGCGAACCUUGAAGGGUCCAGGGUUUGGGUGAAAACCUCUGGAGGCUUUUCCCCUCUGCGUAUCGUUGAUCCGCGGCACAUCGGUGGAGCUGCUGUGACCGGACCUCUGCGUGCGAAUUACCGGUUUGGAGUGGGGGGGCAGAUGGAGGACCCUCCCGUGGGUUCUGGCGGCGCAUCAGCGGAGGGCCCCGCGGCGCAGGUGGCGGAUAUGUGCUGGCCGACCGAAGCGCUUCCUUUGCGGCUGCUGGAGUGGAAAGUGAAGCCCGGGACACUGGUGAACGUGGACUCCGUGAUAGCGCUGUGCGCGGUCGUGCCCCGGGAGGAGGCGGCGGAGGGCGUCCGGCCAUCAGAGAAGAAGGUGAAGUCGAACCGUGCAGGAGUGGUGAAGGAGCUCUGCUGCCAGACCGGACACAUCAUUCCUCCGGGGGGUGUCAUUGUCAGAAUCGAAGAAUGCAGCCACCCUGUUGUCAUGAAGGGUUUAUGCGCCGAAUGUGGCCAGGAUUUGACUCAGCUUCAGGGGACAAACGGAAACCAGCACACCCCCAUCUCCACGGCAACCGUCUCCAUGGUGCACAGUGUCCCUGAACUGAUGGUCAGCUCUGAGCAAGCCGAGCAGCUGGGCAGAGAGGACCAGCAGAGGCUGCACCGGAACAGGAAGCUGGUCCUCAUGGUGGAUCUGGACCAGACGCUCAUCCACACCACAGAGCAGCACUGCCAGCAGAUGUCCAACAAGGGCAUUUUCCACUUCCAGCUGGGCCGGGGCGAGCCCAUGCUGCACACCCGCCUGCGCCCCCACUGCAAGGAAUUCCUGGAGAAAACGGCCAAACUCUACGAGCUGCACGUCUUCACGUUCGGGAGCCGCCUCUAUGCACACACUAUUGCUGGUUUUCUGGAUCCCGAAAAGAAGCUUUUCUCCCACAGAAUCCUUUCUAGAGAUGAAUGCAUCGAUCCGUUCUCCAAGACGGGAAACCUAAGGUACCUUUUCCCCUGUGGGGACUCCAUGGUCUGCAUCAUCGAUGACCGCGAAGACGUUUGGAAGUUUGCUCCGAACCUCAUCACCGUGAAAAAGUACGUCUACUUCCAGGGAGCCGGAGACAUCAACGCCCCCCCGGGAUCUCGGGAAGCGCUGGCGGCCAGUAAAGGCGGACCGUUCUGCAGACCAGGAGAGAACGCAGAGCAACCCGGAGCCGAGGAGCAGAAUAACGGUCUGAAGAAACGGGUCAAGGAGCAGAGGGACGACUGCAGCUCCUCUCGUGGUUCUCAGGGAGACGCAGUGAGCGAGCGGACAGCCCUAACCAGCAUUGAGGAGGAGGACAAAGGAGGACAUAAGGGGUCAGAACCGGAGGCUGUGAGUUUAGUGGAGGAGAAGGAGCCUCAGAGGGCUGACAAUGCAGACAUGGAGGAUGGAGGCAGGACAGCUGAACCACAGGACGCUCCCAGCUGCCCCAAUCACCUGGACUUCAACCUUUCUAGUGACAGUGACUCUGAAACGGAGACGCCGCAAUCAACCGACAAGGACUUGGAACAAAAGUCCUGCCAGACAAAGGCAUCCAGUCAGGAAUCAGAGGAGCAAGACCCUUCUGAUGGGAACGCUCCAACCAGCAGAGACCUGGAGAAAAGCCCUGAACCCUCAGGGGUCGUACUUCCCGAACCCGAGCUCGGAAACGGAUGUCUGGACAAGAGAGAGCCCGAGACGGAGUCCCAGAACAGUGAACAGUCUGGAGUCACCGUGGGGGAGGAGCUGCUGGACCAGAGCAUGGAAGAUGAGGAGGAGGAAGCUGACAAUGACCACGACGAUCACCUAAUCUACCUGGAGGAGGUGCUGGAAAGGAUCCACGCGGAGUAUUACGCCCGCUACGAGGCUUACCUGAGAAAGGAGACCGCCCAGAUGCCGGAUAUCCGUAAGAUUGUUCCGGAGCUGAAGAGCAAGACUCUGGAGGACGCCACCAUAGUGUUCAGUGGUCUGUACCCCACCAACUACCCCAUGGACAGGACGCGUGAGUACUACCACGCCAAAGCUCUGGGGGCCAAGGUCAGCAGGAAUUUAAUCCUCAAUCCUCAAGAUCCAGGCCGGACGACGCACCUGAUCGCAGCAAGAGCAGGUACAGAGAAGGUCCGACAGGGGCAGGGCUACAAGCACCUUCAUGUGGUCAACCCCGACUGGCUGUGGAGCUGUCUGGAGCGCUGGGAGAGGGUGGAUGAGCAGCUGUACCCUCUGAAGGACGACUACUCAAAGACGCCCAGGAGCAACAGCCCAGCAGCGUUUGCUGAAAGUCAGGGCUCCACACAGAAGCCGGCCUUCCAACCCACCCCCAUCCAGCCCAGACCCCCACCGCCAGCCCCAGAGUCCCGGACGUAUGACCCCGUAACAGGAAAGCUCAUCCGCAGAGGCCCCAACGUUCAGCGCCCUCCAUCCUACUUGCACCCAUCAAGUUCUGAACCCCGAGAUCAGCCCAGCCUCAGGGCGGCUGCACCCACUCCGCUAAAGGAGGCAGCGGGAUGCGUUCAGGACGGCGAGCAGGCGGGGCCAUCGCGGCGCAGACGGCAGCCCAGCAUGUCAGAAACCAUGCCCCUGUACACGCUCUGCAAGGAAGACCUGGAGAGCAUGGACAGAGAGGUGGACGACAUCUUAGGUGAGGAGAGCGACAACGAGAGCGAGGGCCGCGGGAGGGAGAGGCCGAGGAGCGAGGAGACGAAGGCUGAGGAGGAGCGCAGACCGCCCCCAGCUGGACACCGGCUUGGAUGGGGGGUCAGUCCACAGAGUGCGGAGGAGAAGCCCCUCACAGCAUCCAGCAGUGACGGUCCAUCCCGUAAUGUCUCCAGGGGCCACAAACGGAAGCUGGAAGAAGAGGAGGCGAAGACGAGGCAGAAAGACGGGAGCUCCUCUGACGAAUCCUCUAAGGACUCCAACGAGGAAGAGGAAGGCAGCAGCUCGGAGGCAGACGAGAUGGCCGCGGCUCUGGAGGCAGAGCUGCAUGACUUUAUGUGACGAGGACGGCGAGGAAGAGGAGGCCGCGGGGCCUGAAGGUGGAGCCGUGGUUCUGACCAUGAAUGUAAUAAAGGCUCCAACGUUUGGGACUCGGCCGUCUCCAGGAGCCUGUGCUCUUCACCCCCAUGAAGAAGAUCAAACUGUUUUUUAUUCACAGUUUUUAUACUGAUGACAGAAAAUAUUUGAAAUGAUGGAUUCUAUUUGCCAAAGAGUUUGGAACUGGUGACCUUUGACUCUUCAGUUGAAGCAGCAGGGGGAGGUCUUUGCGCUCCUCCUGUUGUCAUCUUCUCCUCUGACAGGAAAGUCCUCCUGUUUCUCAAAGGGAAUCCCUUCAGCAGUUCUCAUCGUUCAGGGAAGUCUCUUUUUCUACCUGCCCCCCCCCCCCCCCCAUGUUAAAGUUUGUUUAGAUCUGAGCUCAAACUGACGUUCUACGAUGAGACACGACUUUUUCUUUGGUUUUUGGGGUCAACAGGUGAGAUGGAAAAGUGGAAUAUCCUAAAAAAAAAACUCUUAUUUUCUUAAAUGUCCUGUUUUUUAAUGUUUUUUUUGUAAAUCCACAUUUUUGUGCAAACCCUAGAUCAAAUAUUUGCUGCAGACAUAUUUUUACGCCCAUCCAUUCAUGCGCCCCUUUUCGGGGUAACCACCCCCCUUGUCCUCAUGUGAGGUGGGGGCUUUGGCCGUUUCCUUAUCCAAACCUUUUUCUGUUCUGCCGAUGGGAUAAAAAUAAACUUUUGUGUGCUUUUAUUAUUUCAAAUAAAGUUGUGUUUUUGUGACUUUGUUUUGACUCGAGCCUCAAAGAAAAAAGGCUUUUAUGGAAUAAAGAUGUUUCUAAAAAACAACA